AUGAACUUCGCAACCAAGAACCUGGAGUCCAAUAACAUUGCUGUUCACGACAGCUCUUCUUCAAUAUUCAACUCCCUCUGCUUUCCUGUGUGGCAAUGUGUCCCCACGACACUUGCAAGGCACUCCAUCGAUGUCUCCUCUGACCACCACGCCUCCCGUGAUCAAGCAGUCAUAGUGAGGUUCGCAAAGUUGGACUUCAACAUAUCGCAGAAAUUCUAUCAGGAGGAGCUCCACCUGCUUUCAGAGUGGCGGGCAAGUCUUGAAGUGUCUAUCAAGUUCCCAUAUGCGAGAGACAGACUUGUGGAGUGCUAUUACUGGUGCAACGCAGUUGCCUUGAAUCCCAAGCAUCGCUUGUCAAGGAUCAUACUUACCAAGUUCGCAUAUGCGGUGACCCUCCUGGACGACGUCUACGAUAACUUCGGUAACUACGACGAGCUUGAGAUCCUAACGGAUACGAUUGACAGGUUGGAUAUGAGCUGCCUGGAAACAGUUCCAGACACGAUGAGAGACAUCUACGUGAUCAUCAUCAACCUGUUCGAAGAAAUCGAGCAUGAGCUCUCUGAAGCUGGACAUGAAAGUACAUAUGGUCUCGAUUACUCUAAGGCAGAGUUCAAGAGACUGUGCAGAGCCUUCUUGGUUGAGACCCGUUGGCGCACCGAGGGCGUGGUUCCCACUCCAGAGGAGUACAUAAUGACUUCGAAAGUAACCACCACCUACCCUUUCCUUUGCACACUCUCAUUCUGUGGCAUGGGAGACCAUUUAGCCACCAGACACGCAUUUGAGUGGGUAACCGAUGAAACCAACAAGAUGGUGACCGCUGCCUCCCUCGUCUGUAGGCUCCAGAACGACGUCGUAUCUCGUGAGUUCGAGCGCGGGAGGGAGCACGUGGCGUCGGCCGUGGAGUGCCACAUGAGGAAGCAUGGAGUCUGUGAAGAGGAGGCCAUAGUUGUUGUGUGGGGAGAGAUUUCGGGAGCUUGGAAAGACAUGGCGGAAGGGUUUCAGAGACCAAAUCCGUUGCCUGUGGCUUUGAUGAAUCGGAUUCUCAACACUGCGCGGGUGGCGGCGGUGGCGUACGAGAAGGCCGAUGCUUUUACUCACUGCCACCUUCUCAAGGCGCACAUGGCUGCCCUCUUCGCCGAUCCGGUGCCGCUUUGA